AUGUCCCUCUUCCAAUUGAUCUUCUGCUGCUGCUGCCUGAUUCUUAUGAUCAGAACAGCGGUUUCUCAACACAGCUAUGACAGUUCUAAUUGUACUUCAGGUAUCCAAGCCCCUGGUUCCAACUACCAAUGCAGCCCCAAUAGUCCUUCAUGCGAAACUUUUAUAGUUUACAGAGCUCAAAAAGAUUAUCAAACACUUAAUUCCAUUGCUUCUCUUUUCAGUUCAAGCAUAGCAGAAAUCCUAUCUUACAACAACUUCUCCCAAGUUGAUCAAAAUCUACUCCAACCUGGCUAUGAAAUUGUCAUCCCGGUUACAUGCUUUUGCUCAGAAGCCAAGUUCUCUCGUGCUGUUUAUCAGCAUAAUGCAUCUCGCUCAGACUCUUUAUCAGCAAUUGCUUGUGGUACUUUUGAAGGGUUGAUGACUGCAGCAAGUCUGAGGGACUAUAAUCAAGAUUUUCAAGGUGACAAUCAAAGCAUUUCUUCCAUCCAAGUGCCUAUAAAAUGUGCUUGUCCUAAUACGUCUGAUAUUGAAAAUGGCAUAAAUUAUCUUGUGACGUAUCCCAUCUUAGAGCAUGAUAAUACAAGUUUGAUUAGUCUGAAAUUUGAUAUCCCGCAGAAAAUGUUGGCAGAUGCAAACAGAUUAGUACCAUUUCACGCCAUUUUCCCUCAAACAACUUUGCUCGUUCCCUUGACUUACAAACCAUUCCUUAACCCUGCUGCUAUUGUUUCAUCUCAAGAUGAAGGAUCUAGUCCUGGAGUUUUGGUUCCAGGUAUAUCAGAAACAGAAACAAAAAGCAAGAACUUAUUUGCAAUUUUGGGAGGGGUAAUGUUUGCUGCCAGCUUUUGUAUUGCUAUGAUCUAUGGAACAGUAUGCUUCAUAUGGAGGAAAAACGGCCAAGACACAGUUAAGGACUUGUCCAGAAGAGCUCCAAGGUGGUCAAAUUUCGGCUCGGAAUUUCUUGAUGACAUGUCAAAGUUGAAACACUCAUUCACAUAUUUCAGCAUGGAGGAACUCAUGGUUGCUACAGAGAACUUCAGUGAAGGUUCAUUGUUGGGUGCAGGAGUUUAUAGAGGCAAAAUUGGUGAUUCUUGCAUGGUAAUUAAGCAAAUAAGUUCAAGGGAAGUGGCAAAUAACAUCAUUUGCAUACUGACAAAGAUCAAUCAUUUAAACGUUGUGAAGCUAGAAGGUUUCUAUGAUGGAACCUUACCUUACCUUGUGUUUGAGCUUGCUGAAAAUGGUAGCUUAAGAGAGUGCCUAUCACACUCGAAUGUAGGUAAGCAGUUAACUUGGAAUAUAAGGACCCAAGUAGCUUUUGACCUUGCAGAGGGAUUGCACUACUUACAUUACUGCACAAAGCCUACCUAUGUUCAUCGGAACAUAAACAGCAGAAAUGUUCUUUUGACUGCAGAUUGGAGGGCCAAGAUUUCAGGGUUUGGAUCAGCAAAGCCGCUUGACGUGAAUAAUGAAAAGGGUAAAGACUACUCGAAAGAAUCAGCAAUAGUGGGCAGAGAAGGGUAUUUGGCACCUGAGUAUCUUAAAUACGGGCAGGCUUCAACUAAGGUGGAUGUCUAUGCAUUUGGUGUAGUCCUAAUAGAGUUGUUAUCAGGGAAAGAAGCCACUACAAAUGGGGAACUUUUGAAGAAUUUUCUCAAAUCUGCAGCAAAUAAAGAGCUUCAUCAAGGUUCUCCAGGCUACUUGGAGAUGUUGGAACAGUUUAUGGAUCCUCUCUUGGAGAAGGAUUAUCCAGUGGAUGAUGCCUUAUAUUUAGCAUGCUUAGCCAAGGCCUGUAUGGAAGAAGACCCCCUUAGCAGGCCUACCAUGAACGAUGUGCUGAUGGCUCUUUCAAGAAUAUUAUGA